AUGGAAAUGGAAGAGGUCCCAGCGUCAGCUCCAGCUCUUGUUGCCAUGGAAAUGCCGGUAGGAGAUGCUCCCUCUGUGGCGGGAGACAAGGAGCGCAGCGCGAAGCCGGAACAAAGUGAGCCGCCGCGAGAGCUUACUCAGCAUCGGGUAGGCGGCGAGCGUUCGGUUGGUCGCCCGUUCAGCCCCAGGAACUAUUGCAUGCUCAUCGUGAUAGGAGAGAUCUCCACGGAGGAUCAGCUUCAGAACACCAAGGAGCACAUCAAACGCGGACUGAGAUCUUGGGAGGUUGACCUGACCGUCUGUGAUCUAAACAAAGAGCUUCAGCUAUUCCAGAAGCAUCACUCGGCCCAGUUUUCACACGAGAUCCAAGGACAGAGAAUCCUCCAAUACAAGAGUGAUGUUCUUGAGACCACUGUCUUAGUCAACCCUACUGAGAACACAGCUACUGCUGAGAUUCGUUCUCUGCUCACUGACUGUGCUGGGCAGAAGCUUCUUGUGCUCAGUGGCCAGGGCUCGGAGCAGACUGGUGACAUCAUCCUGCAAAGUGGAGUCUUCACCUGCAAGCAUUUUGCCGACAUCCUUGCUGAUCCAGAGGUUAAAGAUCUCCUAAAGCAGUCGGCUCCGCAGCAGAAAGCCAGACUCACUGUGUCCUGCCAGGGAGAAGGGGGCUGGAGCUCCCUGGGCCUCGUAGAGGAGCAGAGCUUUCGGGAGGUUCUGGAAUACCGUUUGAACCCAGACCCUAAACUGCCAGAGAUGGAGGGAGUCACGGAGUUCACCGAGUACAUCUCGGAGACAGUGGAUGUCCCAUCACCCUUUGAACUCCUGGAGCCCCCCACCUCUGGGGGGUUCCUGAAGCUGUCCAAGCCCUGCUGCUACAUCUUCCCAGGAGGCCGCGGAGAUUCAGCCCUGUUUGCCGUCAACGGCUUCAACAUCCUGAUUGACGGCGGAUCGGAUCGUAGGUCUUGCUUCUGGAAGCUAGUGAGACACUUGGACCGCAUAGACUCAGUUCUGCUCACGCACAUCGGGGCAGACAAUCUACCAGGCAUCAACGGUCUGCUUCAAAGGAAAAUUGCAGAGCAGCAGGAGGAAGAGCAGUCGCAACAGGGUGGUGUCAAUGGCUAUGGUGACUGGAUGAAGAACCUGAUUUCGCCAGAGCUUGGCAUAGUGUUCUUCAAUGUUCCUGACAAGCUUAAAUCACCUGAAUCAACGUUGAAAGUGAAAAGGAGCAUCGAAGAGGCAUCACUAACACUUCAGUAUCUCAGCAAAUUGGGCAUUAGGCCUGAACCACUUUCAAGAGCUGUCACCAACACGAUUGAACCUGUUACCCUGUUCCACAAACUGGGUGUUGGCAAACUCGACAUGUAUGUCCUAAACCCAGUGAAGGAUAGUAAGGAAAUGCAGUUCUUCAUGCAGAAGUGGGCAGGGAAUAGCAAAGCCAAAACUGGCAUUGUGCUGCCCAAUGGAAAAGAAGGUGAGAUAUCAGUGCCCUACCUUACAUCUGUAAGUGCCCUAGUAGUCUGGAUUCCCGCCAGCCCUACUGAGAAGAUUGUGAGAGUGCUGUUUCCAGGCAAUGCCCCACAGAACAAGAUAUUUGAGGGGCUUGAGAGGCUGAAGCACCUGGAUUACUUGCGCUAUCCUGUUGCCACUCAAAAAGAAAUGGCGUCAGGGGCUCCUCCGCCAGUGAUUAAGCAAACUAAAAUGAAGAUGAGGACUGAUAGUAAGGAAAGCUUAAAAUCAUCUCCAAAGCCGAAAGCAAAGAAAGAAACCAAUGACGAGGGGGAAUCCAAGAGCGACUCGGUGAAAGAGAGUAAACCAGAAAAGAAAGAGACAAAGAAAUUGAAGGAGAGUGUCAAUGCAUCCAAACCACCAAAAGCCAAGGAAGAUGCAAAGACAGCUGAUGUGGCUAAACCAGAAAAGACAGAAAAGAAGAAACCUCUGAAAGAAAAGUCACUAAAAAAGCAUAUCAAUGAGAGGGCAUCUAAGAUGGAUGAAAAGAAAGAUAAAGAAAAGAAAGAAGUAAAGAAGGAAAAACGAAUCAAGAAAGAGGAUGGAGCCAAGAAAGAAGACAAGAAGGAAAGCAAAACUAAGGAGGAUAAAAAGAAGGAGAAAGAUGCCAGUGCCAGUAGUAAACCAGAACUCAAAAAAAUCAGUAAACCAGAUCUGAAGCCUUUCACCCCUGAGGUCCGUAAAACACUGACCAAGGCCAAAGUACAGGGGAAGCCUAAAACCGAGAAAAAUAAAACGGACAAAAAUAAAACUGACAAGAAUAAAACCGACAAAAAUAAAGUGGUUAAAGAAUCGGCUGAGAAAAAGGCACCCUCUAGUCCAUCCUCUAAAGAACUCCAGGAAGAAAGAGCUAUGCUUUCAUCUCCCGAGGACCUUACCAAGGACUUUGAGGCACUGAAAAAGGAAAUGGACAUUGCGCCUGCCAAGACUGGUCAGGUCCCACCUGUGGCAGCAAAGCCAGGUGAUAAGUUUGCCCCAGCUGUUCCCUCAGCAUUCUCCGAUACUAAAGCCCCCCAUAUCGCCUCUCCAGAUCAAGGAAUUACCACUGAACCUCUCCGUGAUGAGAAGCAACCACUGAAAGACGAAAAGAGCCAGCAGCAAGCAAAAUUAGAGAAAUAUGAGGAUGAUGAUGAUGAAUCUGAGGAGGAUGAAGAUGAGGAGUACAACAUGGACACUAUCAAAAGGAAACCCCUUGGGGCUAAAGGAUUUGAAGAGAAAGAUAAGAAGUCGGAGGAUGUCAAGGACGCCAAAGAUGAUCCCAAGAAGAGGAAGAGGGUUGACAGCGAGGAGGAUGAGGAUGUAAUUGAGAAGGCAGAGCUGGAGGAGGCUGAAGAUGUAGUGUGUGAGGAUGAGUUAAAAUACAAAACAGAUGAAGCGAAAAAGGAGAAAGCAGGCAAGGCCUGGGACGACAAGCCCUUGGAGUCUAAAACAGUUAAAACUUCCAGUUCCUCAGAGCACAUCUCAUUCAUUCAAGAUGAAACCAUACCUGGCUACUCAGAGACUGAACAAACAAUUUCUGAUGAAGAGAUCCAUGAUGACUCUGAGGAUAGAAUACCUCAUCUCAGGUAUGACGUAGCCUCUUAUGACGUUUCCGUUCCUGAUCAGCCAGGUUCCUUUGAUGCUAUCCAUGGCAUGAAGGAGAUGAAAGCUUCAGCAAUGCCUGGUGCAUCUGCUAUGGCACUAAAGGGCUAUGUGGGGAUACAGGAGUCAUUAGCUCUUGCCUCCAAUGUCAUGAUAUCUGCUCCUCUUGCUGAAGAAGAGCACAUCUCCUCUGCCACUUCUAUCACAGAAUGUGACAAGUUGUCGUCUUUUGCUACCUCCAUCACUGAGGACCAGUCAAUUGCCUCUGUGACAGCCCCCCAAACAGAGGAGACUUGCCGAAGCUCUCUGCUUCUGGAUACAGUUAACAGCAUACCCAUGUCUAUUCGCACUGAUGCCACCAUGGGGAAAGAGUACUUGCAUUCAGCAGGAACUAUUUCACCAACAUCUUCGUUGGAAGAGGAUAAAUGCUUCAAAUCCCCUCCUUCGGAAGAAUAUCAGCCCAUAGUGCCCGAAAUGGAACCAAGUCCAAAGACCAUGAGCAAGGCCCAGGAGGAAGAGGACGACGAUGAAGACGAUGAGGACCAGACACCUAAUGCUGAUAUGCCCCUGAGCAAACUUCACGAAGGAUAUGCAUCCUUUCUUCUCCAGGAAAAAGAUAAAGACUUCAAGAAGUCCCCCAUCUCAACAAUGCCAUCCUCUGUCUCUCCUAUCUCUUCAUUGCCUCCUAAGGCACAAGAUGACAAACUAGCCUUUGCUUCUAAAGAUGACAAAAAAAGUGAUUCCACUGACAAGUCUUUCUCUCCAUCCCCAUAUUAUUCCGGUGGUUUUGAUAGAAGUGUUGGCUCUGAGAGUGAGGGGCAGGAUGACAGCACUGCCAGGAUUGCCUCCCCCACACUUUCAGGACCGACCAGUAGUGGGUACUCACCUACUGAGGACAAAGCCCCAAAGUCAAUGACUGGAGAAAAGAAGGAUGAGCUGAAGAUAGACUCUAACAAGUUUGGAAAAUUUGAAUAUGAUCUUGACAAGAAGUCAGUGACUGCUUCUCAAGGCAAAGAUAGUGGGUUAAUGGAAAAGGGCUUUUCAAGUGACAGGGCUACUUUUGAUGACUCAGAAGAAGAGGAAGAGGACAGCGAAGAUGACUACUUUACUAAACAGGACAAAGAAAAGGAAAUUCUUGGCAAGUCAAAGUAUGAAAAAGAAAGGGAAGCUACGUUCUUGGAUGAUGAGUACACUGCUGAGCCAAAGCCUCUUAAAGAUGAAAAGAUGUUUGAAAAAGAGGCAACAGUAAAGAAAGACCAAAUAGAUAAGAAGCCUAAGGCACAGUUUCAAUUGUCAGAUGAUGACGAUGAUGAUGAAGAUGAAGAUGACGAUGACAAACAUUUGGAUGUCCAUAGCCCAAGUCUGACCACAUCAGGCCAGUACUCUGACACCAGAAAAUUUGAUACAAUGUCUGCAACGUAUGGGCAGAAAGAUCCAUUUGACAAAAAAGAGCAGGCAUCAGUAGGUUUCAAGGAAAGCGAACCAAAAGUGCACUUUGACCAGCUUUCCAUAGCAGACCGUGAGAAUCGAAAGAAGGAAUUUGCUGAGACAAGGCAAGACACUCCCUAUGUAGAUGGGAAAAGUUUCAUUUACUCUGAUAUGUAUGACAGCCAUUCAAGUUCAACGGACUCAUAUGGAUAUGGCUCAGAAAAUCAGAAGGAUCAAAUCGACAAAAAGGAAACACAGAAAAAUGAAUCUUUCCUUUUAAUGGGGGCGGACAAAAAAGAUGACAAGAAGGACAUACAGGAAACAGAAUCAUGGCCUUCCAUUUCAUUGCAUUCCCAUUUCAUUCCUUCUAGCUCAAUUGGAACAGAUAAGAAAGACGACAAAAAGGACACACAGACAACAGAAUCAUGGCCUUCCAUUUCAUUGCAUUCCCAUUUCAUUCCCUCUAGCUCAAUUGGAACAGAUAAGAAAGACGACAAAAGGGACACACAGAAAACAGAAUCAUGGCCUUCCAUUUCAUUGCAUUCCCAUUUCGUUCCUUUUAGCUGUCUUGGAAAAGAUGUCAUAUCAUCUCUGGAUAAGGCUGAUUCCAAAAUCACAGACACAAGUAAAAUCUUAAAAGACCCUGUUCAGAAAACAGUGCAAAUCAGCUCCCCAUUCUCUGACCAUUCCAUGUUUGACAGUUCUUCUACAGGAAAAUCAAUGAGUUACCAUGUAAAAGAAGCCGCUUUGGAAAGGGACGUGAUUCGGUCAGUUUAUGGUGAAGGGGAUGAUGAUGAUGAAGAAGAGGACGAUGACGAUGAUUCAGAAGAUGACAGGUAUAAGAUAGCAUAUGCAGCUGAGAAAGCCUCUAAGGAAAAAGCUGAGAAAGAAUCAACAAAUCCGUUUGGCUUUUUGCCUACCACAAAAAUCUCUGAUGUCAAGGAUGAUAAAGACAGCACACAUGGAUUUGACUCCAAGACAAUCUCUGGAAAAUCCACAGUACCUGAACCUUUUGGAUUUUCAAGCAGCACCAAAGCCACUGAGGAUAAGUCACAACACGAAAAGGGUUAUACUUCUUCCCCCUUCUCAACAAGCCAGACUUCCACUGGUCCCACAGGAUUCUCCUCUGGUUUUGACUACUCAUAUGGUAGUGACAAACAAAGCUUCCUUUCAAGUCAUCAAGAUGACAAAGACAAAAAGACCACACAAGACCAGUCAUACUUACCCCUGUCAAUGCAGACAUCAGAUGAUAAAUACUAUCAUGGUGACAAGGACCAGGACUUUGACAAGCAAAAGAUGCCUGACAUCACAGGCAAAAAAUCAAGCGACUCAGCGUCAAUAGGCUUUAGCUAUACCACAACUGCCACGGCCUACUCAUCCUCCUCCUCCUAUAGCCACUCCUCUUCUGCCUCUGCCUCUCUGAACACCAGCCGCCAGUUUGGGGAGGAGCUUGAGACCCCUGCCAGUGCUGGUUUUGAGUAUUCAUCCUUCAAGGAUGAGCAUUCCCUGGUCAUGGAUUCUCCUUUUUCAAGUUCAGGUGGGCUGGUGAAGGAUGAGUACCUUGAAGUCUCAGAGAAACUCACUCCUGCCACCACCACAGCAGAAUCCACCUCCAGUCUGGCUCGUUUCUCACCCCUCAGUCCCUUCGAGGAAGUCAAGCCAUUCCCACCACAGUCCACAGUCUCAACAGAUGAAAAGAAAGAUGCAUUAAGCUCUGCUGGAGCCUUGUCAGCGGCACAAUCAGCAUGCUUUUACAAGCCAGAUUGGUCAGAUGGUUCAAAGAGUCAAGAGUUGGGUGCAUCUGGUCCAUACUCCCAGCUGACCCAGUCCACAGGAAAAGAUCCAAUGAAGGACCUUUAUGGAGUACCUCCGAAAGCUCACUCAGAACUGUCUGAGAAACAGUACUAUGAAGACACUGAGAGUGAGAGUGAGGAAGAAGACUAUGUCUGUGAGACUAAGCUCAAAUCUCCAAGCCAAAGAUCACCAUUUGACACCCAUGCUAUGGAAAGCAAAGGGGGAGCCAUGUCUAGCUUGUCUGACACAAAGGUGACAUCACCCUCCAGCAAAGCUUUGCCCGAUGUCCUUGCCUCAUAUGGGCCCUUACCUAAGCCUGAUUUCUCAAAAGCUGAGGCAUUCAUGACUACAACAAAAGAUCAGUUCGGUCUAGCCAGCAGUGUAGUGUCUGGCCCAGCCAAAUCAGAGCCAAGAGGUGCUGAGGCCGAUGUCAGCAAAGUAAGAAGUCCAUUUGAGUGGGAGCUGCAGCAGCAGAGAGGCAUCUACCCAGGAGCAUCUCCUCCACACUACAGACAUGAGGAUGAGUAUGAGGAAGAGGAGGAGACAGAACCGGAGCAUCCCCCUCGCCCACUCUCUCUGGGCUCUGCUGACCAGACCUUCCGCUCCUCUUACUAUACUGAAGAUAGCAGUCGACAUGGGGAGGACUCAGAUCACGCUUCCGAUGGCUAUCAGGGGGCUUCCUCUUACUCUUCAACAAAGAAAUCCCCAGGAUAUUCAGCAUCAACCGAGUUCAAGCAGAGGAAAGGGGACAUCUCCCCGUCAUUCAUCAACCCAACCCUCCAGCACUUUGGUAGCGAUGAGGAUGAAGACAGCGAUCACUCCCAGGAGGGCAAUGAACACCAUCCAUCUGGCAAGGGCAGGUCACAUUCACACCACUCCUAUGGCCAAAACAGGGACAUGUUUGGAGCUAUGGCAGCUGGCAUUGCCACUGAAGAAACACCUCCUACUUCUGUUAGCGAAUCCCUACCAUCACAGUCAGAUUCAGAUGUGCCACCUGGAACAGAGGAAUGCCCAUCCAGUGAGGCAAGAGAGGCAAAUGUAGACUCUGACGAGGAUGCCGAUUUCCUGCCAGUGGAUAAGUCUUCCAGUGUGGCUUAUGGUUCCUCUUCGUCAAGAUCGUCAGGGAAGACACAUGAUCCUCCACCGGCACCAAUGAUGGACCCAGCUCCUCGAUCUCCUCGUCCAGAUGUGUGCAUGGUGGAUCCAGAGGCCCUGAAUCUGGACCAGAACCUCUCUGAGAAGCAGCAGCUGAAAGAGGAGACUAAGAAGACUAAAAGCACCAAGAAAUCACUGGGGAAGCCCAAGUCCAGCUCUCCAGCAGGCAGGCGCAAGAGGUCUCCAACUCCUGUCAAACAGGCCUCAAAGGAUUCCUCACCCAGGAGCACAUCCCUGAAGAAAAAGGAUGUCGAGAAAUCGUCAAGGGCUUCUCGCAUGUCAGAUGGUCAGGGAUCGAAGGAAGAUGACAUGUCCAGGUCCAGCUACAACCCACCUAAAGGGCUCGUCAAUGGAGUAAAGAGCUCUGCAGGCUCUAACUUCUCGAAAUCCAGUUCCUCCUCCGGGAGCCCAAUCUAUGUGGAUCUAGCCUACAUUCCAAACCACUGCAACGCAAAGAAUGUAGACCAGGAGUUCUUCAAGCGAGUUCGCUCAGCAUACUACGUGGUUAGCGGCAACGACACAAGCAGUGAGGAGCCAAGCCGGAGGGUUCUUGAUGCCCUGCUAGAUGGGAAAGCUCAGUGGGGAUCCAACCUCCAGGCGACGCUGAUCCCCACCCAUGACACGGAGGUGAUGCGCGACUGGUACCAGCAGACCCAUGAGAAGCAGCAGGAGCUGAACAUCAUGGUGCUGGCCAGCAGCAGCACGGUGGUCAUGCAGGACGAGUCCUUCCCAGCCUGCAAGAUCGAGUUCUAGACACGCCCGUCCUGGCGUCGCCCACACGCCUCCCUCCCUCCCUUCCUCUUCUCCCCCGAGGUCUAUCUGCAACAUACAUACAGUACAUGUCUAAAACCCUUUACCCCAACCCAACUACAACACCACCCCAACCAACCCCCAUUCAACCCCAGUGUCUGCACUGUCUGUCUGUCUGUCUGUCUGUCUGUGCUAGAGACGGCCCUGAAGAGCCGUGUUUGUGAAGUUAUCGCUCUGACAGCCACGAAGCCCUGUGAUGUUGUUCCGUGUCUGGGUUUUAUCGGUUGAGAUUUUACUUUUGUUGUUAAAUGAUGAUUUUGUUAUUAAUGUUAGUUUUUUUGCCAUACCGUUGUGUCAUAUUGACCAAUGAUGACAUAUUCCAGAGAGGGAAGGUACAGAGAUAGAGGUGGAUAGAUUGUCUGAAGAGUGAUCGAUAGGCUGGAGGGACACUUGUGUUUACUUGUGUCCCUUGGUGCGCAAUAUCAAGUGAGUGUUGAAAGAAGAUGUGCCUUUAACUUGUGGAUGCACUGCUGCCUUUAAGCCCAAACCAAGUGGCCAGCCACACGAAACAAACAGAUCAGCAAAGGAAAAAAAUAAAUCAAGUACUGCCUCCUCACAAUGAUCACACCGUACAGCCACACAGCUCUACACGUGCAGUUCUUCAAUCUCACCAACACCAUUCACUCCAUCUUUCAACUUCAGUGGAUGUCAGAAAAUGCAGUUCUACAGUUAGACGUGCUCCUGGUGAAGUUACGGUAGUCAGGUGUGUAUUGUGUGUGUCGUUUUUAAAAUACCUUUUGACAAAAAAAACACACUGACACUCUGAAAUAGUCCAUAAACCAUGGGACUUUUCAUCUCUUUCUCGCGACACAUUAGCCUAAAAACAAUAAGUAGGCCACAUACUCAGUUGGCCGUUGUAGGUUGUGGUCAGUUGGAGGUUGAGGUAUUCCUAGCUAGCCGGUUCCUUUAGUCCUGGUUCUCCCUGUCUGUGUAGCAGUCACAGUAUUACACAGUAUACACUGGUGCGGUGUGCUGCUGGGCUUUUAAAGUGCAGUGUAUUAGACAUAGAUAGUUAUGAGAUGACCUUGGGCUGGUCAACGCAUGUUCAUCCUGCAGUACAGUUUUGUUUAUGUACAAAUACAGUAUUAUAUUCAGUCCCUGCGGCG